GUUGAUCUUUCCCCCAUUCUCUCUCUCUCUGCAGGACAAAGACCGAGCUAUCAAGAAGCGCCACUAUAUUGCCUCGACAUAAGAAUGACACAUGCUACGUUUAUAUCGGUUCAUCGCGCUUGAACUCUCCGAAUCCUCCUUCUCUGAAGAUCUUGCAAUCUCUUUUACCUACAAUCGUCUGCCAUGUGUGCAUUGAAGGGUGUUUCACUCUUCCUCCCUCUUUUUCUUCUUAUAUCCAUGAUACAAAUCAUUCAUGCUGCGCCCACUCAAAACCCAGGCCAUGACAAUGCAGUUGCAAAAUCACAGAGAUUAGGUCCACCUGGAAAGGAGCGCAGUCCCAAUUGGAUUUUGGACUUUUAUGGGGAUAACGAAUACCUCGACACAGAUGAUAAGAAAGUCUUCGAAAGAAGCUUGAACCACUUGGUGGUUGGUGAUAUCCAAGAAGAUCUUAUUGGAGCGCACAACCAAGGCAUCUUUUCACUACACGAAGAUUAUGAGGUCGGAGGCAUAAACCAUGCUAAAGACACAGUUAUUGCCAAAGCCAUGUUAAAAAUAGAUAACAAUGCUUGGGGCGAAGUUAAAGCCCUCAAAGGUGUUGAUCUUUACAUUGACUCGGGGAUAGCUAAUGUUAGGGAUGAGAAGAUUCCUGUUAUUGUGAUGAAGUUAGUCAAGGGGGUGUCACUCAAGGAUACCAUGCAAUACCAACUAGCCCCAUGGGAUACAAGAUUAGAGUGGUUGAAUCAAGCCAAAUCACUCUUGAAGAAGGAGGUUGUGCAUUUUGCAGUCCAGAAUCAAAUUCUUCAUACUGAAUUUCAUUCUUACAACUUUCUGGUUGGCGGAAGAAGAAUUUCCGAGAGACUUGUUUUUGAUAUCCCCAUAACUGAAGCUCGGCUUGUGGAUUAGGGAUACCCAGGAAUUUUCAAGGUGAAGAAAGGCGUAACAGAAGCUGAAGUCGGAGAUUGGUUCGAAUUACAGUGGAAGCAUAAGCAAAAUUUGAGAUGACAUGCACUGGUUUAUCUCCUCUCAUUAUGCUAAAUAAAUAGAGGGUACGGCGGGAUCAGAUAAACUCAUGUAUACCAGUGUAUACCUCCCACCAAACGUUAAUCGCUGCAGAUGGACCUAGAAGCACGUCGAACUCCUCUUUCAUGU